CGAGGCAGGCGUCACGCUGUUCCGCACAGGCGAGGGAGACGACUUCUUUCAUGUUUUUAAGCGAAUAAAAAGUACACCGAGCAAAGGAGUAUGGCUCGUUUAAGUCAGAUAUAGUACAGCGAAUGUAAAUAUGGCUAAAUGCGUCGAGAAAAGCUUCCUAGUGUUUGGUUUGUUGACCAGAAAGUAACGGUUGUCUCACCGGGGUCCGAAAAAAAAGAGUAAAGCGACGAUUCAUGAGUAAUUGUAGCUUUUCUUAUCUAAAGUCAACCCUUUGAGGUGCUUUUCCUCGUUAGGUGCUAGUCUUAGGAACAGAAAUGGACCGAGGCGGCUGCCAGAUGAAUGGCGGCGGCGGCGCCGGUGGCGGCGGAGACGGCAGCGGCCCCGACCGACACGGGAUGAUCACACUGGAGGACCUGGAGUCUUUUUCGGAAGACCAGCUGUCAGACUCGGGCAACGGCAGCCUGGAAGAGGAAGGAGAGACCAUGGAGGAGGAGGAAGACCCGAACCGACUGUUGCAUUACUGGCAGGACGUAGCCAGGGGACACCAAGUGGAAGUUUCUCAAGAUAUGGCAGAACCUAUUCAGCAGCUAACCAGCAACAACCAAGGGCGCAGCUCUAGAGAAUAUGUCCCUUUCACUCUCCUUGCACGCAAAGAGAAGUGUGGGGAGCUGCUCUAUGAGAAACGCCACUACGAGAAGGGUCGCUGGGCUUGUAUAACAAUGCGUGAGGACACUUACGAACAGAGCAUCUGUUAUGGUUUUAUGAGGAUAAUGAGAUACAUCUGCCAGCAGAACUCUUUAGGUGACUACUUGGGCAUGACACUCCCCAUCGUGACAGUGAUACGCACAGAUGAGAACCAUUCUGUAGUCUCCAAUGAUGUCACCGUGGCGUACUACCUUCCUACCGAGCAUCAGGCCCAGCCCCCACAACCUUCUGACAGCGAUAUCGUCAUAGAGAACUGGCCCUCCACUAUUGUAUACACAAGGGCCUUCACUGGUCCCACCAAUGAAGUGACCAUCAUUAACCAGAUCAAUGCCAUGGCAGAGCUGCUAGACUCCCCUGAUGUGUGCGUCAACGACUCGUUCAUCGUGGCCGGCUACACCAACCCUGCUCACAACAACCGUCAGAAUGAGAUCUGGUUCCUAGAGCGACACUGAGGGAUUAGGGGAUUAAGCGGCAUCCUCCUAUCUGUGACCUUUAAGCCUCAUAAAGACUCCCUUAACACUGCCCCAGCUCAGCUACAGCCUCAGGUGCAUCAUCCUUUUUAGUCACCACCUUUACCUGAAACGACCAUCAGCCUAGCACACUCCAGAGCAGUUGGGUCUUGAUAAUAAAAAACAAAACAAAAACUCAGCUCUACCCUCAGUGACUCUACCCCUCAUGUUCAUUUAGAUACAUCCUCAAUUCACCCAUAAGAACAUAACUAAACCACUGCCAUACUUUCGUGAACACAAGCCAGAUGCUAAGGUGAAAGGUAGCUUUCAUCUCCUGCUCUUACACUGAGAUGACUCAAACCUUUCUUAGGCACAGUGCUCUCUUGUUAAAGUUGAAAUAGUUUUAACUCUUAGCACCCCGUGAACACAAUGACCAUUGAUUGCUGUCAGAAACAUGCAACAGCCUGUCUUUUCCACAGCAGAGACAGGCUCCCCUUGGACAUGCAGCCUUAUUGUCCUCCUUUUCUAUUUGUUGCACAGGUUCAAUGUCUUGUCAUGUGUGGUGAAGGUCAAUGCACAACAGAAAAAAAAUUAGUUCCUCUGCCAUUCUUUAGUUUGCUGAGAUGAUUUCAACUCUGUCACUAUUGAUCGGCUUUUUUUUGUUUGUUUGUUUGUUUGUUUUAUUUUGUUCUGAAUCUCUGAACUACAUAAUUCACUACAGGUUUCACUACAAGUCUAUGCGAUAACAGUCACACUGCAUAUUUUGUUUUAACAAUGAGUGCAAUAUUUACCAGAUCAGAUAUUAACCAACAAUCAACAACCCAGUUAUCACAAUUUCUGGGCUACUAACCUAACCCAAUGUAAGGGUGUGUUCAGUCGCAGGUAUUGUGGGUUGGGGGCAGCAUGCAACACAACCUGAUAAACAACGUCCAGACCAGAACUGGUGGCUUCAGUCAUAAAUAAGCUCAACACAAUAGGUGACAAUAAUUUAGAAAACAAACGCAUAAAUGUAACAUGUUAAUUUGUGUUUGUGCAUGAAUGUACAGCAACAGGCAGAGGGUGAAAAGAAAUGUCACACUUCUACGUACCAAUGCUGAAAAACUCACUGAUUUACUGCUGAAUGACAAUCAUAAAGUACUUAUAUAUAGUGUACAUUCUUUUCUCUUAAGAAAAUGAUGUAAUGAAGUCAAUUCAUUCCUCAUAUUUCAAGCCGCAUUCACACACAGGAAUACUUACCAAUGUACCUCUUUCUCAUGCUCUUUCUACUUACUACUCUGUGUCAGUGAGUUUGCAUUCACUACUGUAUUGCAAAUACCACUGCUGCUGAGUAGUGACAAUGCAACCAAGAAAAACAGAGCACAGAGAAUAUCUUUACUGUGAUUACUUUUUUUUUUCUUAAAUAGACAAAAGUCAAAUUCUGUUUUAGCUAAAAUUGUUUUUAAUGUUCUAUCACCAAUCUAAGAGGAGUCUAUAAAGUCAGAGUGAAAGAAGUAUGUAUGUUUAUCUUCACUAUAUUUUAAAAUAAAACCUAUUCAAUGCAAUGCAACAGAAACAGAAAAGCAUCAAACCAGGUACACCUAGAGUUCACAGUAAUGUAGUAAUGUUUCUGCUUUGGAAAUGUACAUUAACUGCUUGGAUGCCAGUGAAAUAAAAUUAGAAGUGAACUAGCGAAAUCAUCACUGUGUGAGCAUUUUUACCAGGAUGGGGGCAUCCUAUGAAGUGCUUAGGGAAGCAGUUGUUGAGGCCCAUUAAAUGUGUGUAAAAUUCAGUUAAAUUCAGCUCAAAUUCGAGAAAAUUGGUUUCAUCUCAUUUAAUCCACGAAAAAAAUGUAAAUAAAAUUGACAGUUAAAAGUUUAUUAUUGGGUUGGGAAGGUUGCCCAGUCUUAAAGUCAAGCACCUUGGUUUACAUCAAGACAUCCAAAACCAAAUAACAUAUUUUGCAUUUAAUGAUUGAAGAGUUGGUAUGAUAUUCUAUGACAACUGUAUUGUGUCAGCACUUACAAAGCCAUGAUACGUUUAGGUUUGGUUUCCCUUUAAGAGCCUGGUUAUAUGGGAACAUCAAGUGUGAGGUUUAAUUUGUUUUCAUUUAUUUUUGCUUUUUUUUUUUGUUUGUUUUUUUUAGUGUUUUGCAAAAAUGUGCUGUACUGUAAAAAUUCAAGUGCAACAACAACAAGAGCUACUGUGGUUUUCUUUGUUCAAUAAAAAUGUGCUUGUCU